AGCCGUUCUGGCUCAAGCAGCGGAUUGCUAAUGGCCCCAGGGCCAGUCUCAGGAGCAGAGGCUAGCUAACCACCUCUCUCUCUUCCCUCCCUCGCUCUCUCUGCCUCCCUGUUUGGCUGCGUGGCCAUGUUGCCCGUGCCGGGUAGCCUCGUAAUGCAUUUGGACGUGCGAUGCCACCGCUGGAGCAUGCCGGUGUCCAUCGCGAUCUUCGGAGGCUUGGCGAUUUUCUUGACCGCCUGCCUGUCGAUGAUGGUUUCAAACACUUGCUUCUUAGGCGUGCUGAUCAUGACCCUGGUCUGCCCGUUGACGGGCCAUGCGGGCGCCAGGGCCGCUACUUCGAACACCCCCCUCUACAUGUCCAUCGCGUGGUCCAUGAUGCUGAACUGCUUUCUGGUGUCCUUUGAUCGGGCUGACGAGCCAGAGACGUAUACCGCAUCGGUCAUGAUGGUUUUCGUCUUCACGGUGGUCGUCGACGCGGGGAUCCUGCACGUGCACAACCUUUACACCCGAGGCCGAGCGCACGUGCACGGCAGCGUCCCCCGCGCGGUGAGCUCCGCCGACGUCGUGGCCGAGAUGUUCGCGAGGGUGCCGGCCGUGCACCUGAAAGAGCAGUUCUCGGAGGAGCUGACGGCUUCGGCCAGCGUGUGCGUCAUCUGCCUGGAGGACGUGGCCGAGCUCCCGGCGGACUGUGGCCGCGGCGCCCGCGAGAGCGGCGUCCUCGCCCUGCCCUGCGGGCACGCGUUUCACUCCGGCUGCCUCGCCCGGUGGAUGCGCCACGACCGCAGCAGGUGCCCGACCUGCCGGGCCCCCUUGGGCCCGCCGACGAGGUGGCGGCUGCUGCUCCCGUCGGCCGAGGGCGCACGAGCCGGCGGGGAGCAGUGCGACGUGGAGGCCUGUCUGCACGUCUGAGCCGCCGCCGAGGCGGCCCCGGCCGGCGCCGCAGCUGCUCGCCGCCCCGCGGUCUGCUUCUGAGGCGCGUGCGCGCGCGAGGAGGUUCGAUCGGAUGAGGUAAUAGUUGGCGAGCUGUUUCAAAUCAGAGCUGCCCGAGAGCUCCAUGCUUUUCACUGGCAGCGCUCCUGAAAGCAGGCCAGACCGCCAUGGUCUGAGGCCUUUUUAGAUGAUUUUUGUUGGAGUGGUUCGCACUGUGGGCAGCCAACGCAUGGUAGGGCAUUCGCACAACAUCAUCGCCAGUUUGUAAUUGCUAUUUCGGUGCGCGCACUGCCAUGUUCGCGGCGCUCUCUUUCAAAGAGGUUCACGUUGAUAGUUUCAAGCAGGGCGGGAGCUGGGUGGCGUUUCGACGACUCCGUAGAGAGCAGAGGGAUUGGGGGGAGAAGGGACCCAGUGGCGGCCUGCCAGACCGCCUCGGGCGGCCAGCGCCUAAAUGCUGGCACGGCGGAUCUUUCAAGGGUCGUGCUGUUGUACAUAAAGAGUACACAGCAGCGGCGCCUGCUAAGCGGCGCUCAGGGGGGAGAGGGUG